AUGGAUGCGACACGGAGGUUACCGGAGAAAGUGCAGUCCGACCUGCCGGUCACUUCUUCUUUUGAUACAUUCGAGACGGGGGAUAGAGACUCACGCAUUGUCGAGAUUGCGCCUGUCGCCGAGACCCGAUGGCAAUACCUUCGCCGUUACUUUACUACUCGGGAUGGAUGGAUUGGCAACUAUGACUAUGCAUAUCUUGUCACUCCGAACAUCUGGCCACUAAACAAGAAGUACAAGGAUUAUCAAGCACCGUUCUAUGGAUUGAACGAUGAAGUCCCAAUCCUUUUGACCAUCAUUCUCGGCCUGCAGCAUGCCUUGACUAUGGUUGGAUCAGUGGUGUCGCCUCCUCUUGCCAUUGCAAGCGGUGCUUUCUACCUUAACGCAGAAAAGAGCCAGUACCUUGUUUCUGCGGCCUUUAUCACGACGGGUAUUGCGACUGCUCUUCAAGUGACGCGGGUGCAUUUCGCAAAAACUCCGUUCUACAUUGGAACUGGUCUCUUGUCAGUGGUGGCUCCCACUUUUGACGUUUUGGCCAUUGCAUUUAGUUACAGUGAUAUGCGCUAUGCAAAUGGCACAUGUCCAACAUCCCCGGAUGGAUCCAAGUUGCCAUGCCCUGACGCAUGGGGUGCAAUGCUAGGAACUAUACUUUGUACCGUUUGGAUUCAAAUAUUGCUGUCUUUUGUUCCGCCAAAGACGCUCAACCGCAUCUUCCCUAAGGUUGUCACUGGCACUCUUCUACUCCUUGUUGGUGUGUACUUGAUCUCCAGUGGUAUGGAAAACUGGGGUGGUAGUUCAAACUGUGAUGGCGGCAGCGGGUAUUAUGCUCUUUGCCCGAAUACCGCGGCUCCUAAGCCUUUGCCUUGGGGCGAUCCAAAACUGAUAGGCCUUGGCUUCAGUGUUUUCAUCACAAUCAUUUUCGUCGAGAUAUUUGGAUCGCCACUCAUGCGCUCCGCUUCGGUCGUCCUUGGCUUGGCCAUGGGUUGCGCGAUCUCCGGUGCCACUGGCUACUGGUCGCGAGAGAAUAUCGAUGCCGCACCCGUCGCAACUUUCCUCUGGGUUGAGACGUUUAAGUUGUCAGUGGACGGCGCCUUGGCUUUGCCUCUUUUAAUCAUGUUUAUCUGCGAGGCAGUCAGCUGCAUGCCCGAUAUUCUUGCCACGGCUGAGAUUUCGGGAGUGGACAUUGAUGGAAUCGAGUUCAAUAGCCGGAUCCAGGGUGGUAUUCUAUGCGACGGCGUGGGCAGCCUGGUCAGCGCCUUGGGUACCGGAUUGCCCAUGGUUAGCCAGGCAGGAAAUAACGGUGUUAUAUCUCUGACUGGAUGUGCGAGCCGAAGAGCUGGCUGGUGUGCCGCAGCCUUUCUAAUCCUCAUGGGUAUCUUCGGAAAAUUCGGGGCAGUUUUCGGUUCCAUGCCUCCAUCUGUCCUGGGAGGCAUGCAAGUCUUCUUGUAUAGCACCAUUGUCGUGGCUGGUGUGAAGGUCCUGAGUCUGGUUGAGUUCACUCGUCGCAAUCGCUUCAUCCUGACCGCCGCCUUGGGCAUCGGAUUCAUGGACAUUGUGUCUCCAAGCUGGUUUGCUAAGAUUCUGGCUUACCAGGGGUCAAAUGUAAGACUGCAGGGCUUUGAGCAAGGUAUCAACCUUAUGGUUGAAACACCUUUUAUUAUUUCAGCGGUUGUUGGCGUGGUUUUGAAUUUCGUGCUUCCUCAUAAUGUUGGGAAGAAGGUGGAGAUGCUAGAUGGGAGAGAUGGUCGCCCGGCGCUUCCUACAUAA